CUGUUUUUAAUAUGGCAACUCCUCAUGAAGAAGAAAAAAUUGAAGUAAAAACUACUCUUCCUAUUCGGCCUAGCACAAGAAAUGCGUCUCAUGGCACACAAACUAAAGAAUUAGAUCAAAAGGAGCUAAUUAUGGUUACGUUACAAAGGGAUCGAUAUAAAAGAGAUUGUGAAAAUAAGGAUAAACAGAUUCUAGAGUAUCAUGAAGCUCUGGCGGAAAAGGAAACAGAAUCAAUGUAUCAAUCUUCAGUAAUCAAGGAGCUAGAGAAGCAAUUAGCAGCUUAUGCUGGUGGUGGUGAUAAUAAUAGUCCAUCAGAUCAAGGCACUAAAGUCAGAGAGCUUGAGGAUCAAAUUGCUAAAGUAGAAGAUGACAAAAGGCUACUAGUGAAAGCCCAAGAAACCCUUCAAAAUGAUUUGAGGGUAGCUGAU